AUGGAUCAGAAAAUUAAAAUUGGUCAUUAUAUUCUUGGUAAUACGUUAGGAGUUGGGACUUUCGGAAAAGUAAAACUUGCGGUUCAUCAAUAUACUCAUCACCAAGUAGCAGUCAAAAUCAUUAAUCGGACCAGAAUUAAAAGCUUGGAUGUUGCCAGUAAAAUUCGACGUGAAAUCCAAAAUUUAAAGCUAUUCCGCCAUCCUCAUAUCAUCAAGUUGUAUCAAGUCAUAACAACGCCGUCUGAUAUAUUUAUGGUUAUGGAAUAUGUUUCCGGCGGCGAAUUGUUUGAAUAUAUCAUUAAGCGAGGCAGGUUGAAUGAGGCAGAUGCCCGUCGUUUCUUUCAGCAAAUUAUAUCUGGUGUAGAUUACUGCCAUCGGCACAUGGUUGCCCACAGAGAUCUAAAGCCGGAAAAUUUACUAUUGGAUUCUAGCAAUAUGGUUAAAAUAGCAGACUUUGGACUAUCAAAUAUGAUGAAAGACGGUGAAUUUCUACGAACGAGUUGUGGAUCUCCAAAUUAUGCAGCGCCGGAAGUAAUUUCUGGCAAACCGUAUGCAGGCCCAGAGGUUGAUGUAUGGAGUUGUGGGGUCAUAUUGUAUGCGUUGUUAUGUGGCUCGCUUCCGUUUGAUGAUGAACAUGUCCCUACGUUGUUUCGUAAGAUAAAAAGUGGUAUUUAUUCCGUUCCUUCUCAUUUGUCAAGAGCCGCAACUGAUUUGCUAUCGAUAAUGCUACAAGUUGAUCCAUUAAAGAGAGCUGGCAUUCAAAGAAUUAGGGAGCAUGAAUGGUUUCAGGAAGAUCUACCUGCCUACCUAUUUCCCUCUAGCAUUGAUAUUGAUAUCAGCCAAGUCGAUGCAGCAGCAAUUGUUGAAGUUUGUCAGAAAUUUGGUGUGGAUGAAGCCGAUGUACGAAAUUCCAUUAGCAUUGGAAAUAGACAUGAUCAGUUACUUAUUGCCUAUCAUCUCAUAAUAGAUAACAGACGGAUAAUGCAUGAAGCCCAAAACCUAAGCUUGAAUGAUGCAUAUUAUGGGUCUUCUCCGCAUAAGAAUGCUGGCUCGCCUUCAUCGUGUAACAAACUAGAUCUAAUCCAUAGUAAGAAUACUCCAAAUCGAAGUGAUCAGCCCAAAAAAAAGAAAUCUAAAUGGCAUUUAGGCAUACGAUCUCAAAGUCGACCACAGGAUAUUAUGGGAGCCGUUUAUAAAGCUUUAAAAAAGCUUGACUUUCAAUGGAAAAUCGUCAACAACUAUCAAAUUUUUUGCCGUCACAAGAACUAUCCUGAUGGUAGCCGUGUUAAGGUAGGACUCCGAUUAUACCAAGUUGACGCUAGGACGUAUCUAUUGGAUUUUCGAAAUAUCUUACCUCCAGAAAUUGAAAGUGAAUCUGGUAAUGCUGACAUAAAAAUGAGUGAGAAAGGAGACCAUUUCAUGAUGGAAUUUUUUGAGAUGUGUGCUGAAUUAAUAACAGCUCUAGCUCAACCGUAAUGUAAUUAUCGUAGAAUUUUACAAAGUGCUGACUUAAAUUAAUGGGUAGACUGUUACCGUCGUCGUCAUUCAUGUACUUUUAUGAUAUGCAAAAUUAAGAUUGUAUAUCUUAUAUAAGUGAUUAGUUACUUGCAAUAGUGGAUGGAGUAAUUGAUCACUAUACACGUAUUUUCAGCUACCUACUCCCAUCACAGACUGUGGUGGUUAAAUUGUGUCCAAAUCGAGAAAUUAUAAUAGGUUAUUAUUGGGAAGAUAUAUUAUGUACUUUAC